AUGAGCUCGUCGAAGAAGACCGACACAGCAGCAGAGGGGAAGCCCUCCGCCGGGAUAGCGGCAGGGCCGAUCGACUGGAAGUAUGGGGGAUCAGCGAUCGAGAGACAGGCAGCGAAGAUCUAUGGAUCAGAGGGAGUUCUUCGGGGGAUCUCAAGUGGCCCGAUGACGCCGUCCCGAUCGACAACAGGACGGCUGAGGACGGAAGAUGAUGGAUCGGCGGCGGACGGCAACCGGCACAAGUCGUCAAUCGAGAGCCGAUUGUGGGAUGAUCGUGGAUCGGGGAUCGACCGCGAUGGGAUGCACAUGGAGGACGAAUUCCAUCGAGUCACCAAGUUCCAGGAACUCGGCAGCGUCGACGCGUUGGGAGGUGAACUACCGUACCGCGAGCGUCACAAAACAAAGCGUGACGCUCUUGCUGCCAAGGCUGCGGCGGGGACAUCCCAGCCGGAGAUUGUCCUCGAAGGUUCCUCUGUAGUCAACGACGCCGUUGACUUCGAGGACGGCGACGUGGAGAUGGAAGAGGGCGAGGCCUCUUCUAGCAAGCGCAAGGAGUCUAUUGACAGCGAUAGUCUCGACCAGCAUGCCGGGUCGAGACGCCCUCGUGAAGGAGACGACUCGGACGCUUUGAGCUCGAAGCGUUCGCGCGGCGAGAGCGACACUCCGCUCUCUGCUACUGGGGCUUUAAGCUCUCCACGUGGUGGGGCAAGUUCAAGCUCUCCGCGCGCUGCUCAGGCAGCGCGCGAUCCGUGGAUGCCGUCUGCGUCAGAGAUCGCAGACCGUGUGGGCAACACUGCGCCUCCAAACGAAAUCCCGCUGUACGUAUGCAGCGGCAUCCACGACGAUGCUGUGGCGGAAGAGCAGCACUUUGCUCCAGCGCGUUCACGCGCUGGAGCAGAGGUUCGCUCCCGCUGGGGCUUCCGCUUCGGGACAGCCGAGCUAGGUGGCUCGUGCUGCCGGUAUGGCUUCAGCUGCCCGACGUAA